AUGUCCUGCUCUGCACUUUCUCUAGCACUAGGCAUCCUGAGUAGUCUGGUGUUUCCGGAUGUUAGCACUGUCAGACCCCCACUUGCUGGUAACAGUGACAUCAACACAAUCACAAGCAGAAUAUUUCUAAAGCACAAUGAAAAUCUUCCCAGAAGUCUGGAGAUGGAGGACUUUGCUCUAAGCGUAGCACCAACCAGCAGCAGAGUGGACUCACCUACCAUCCUCCGUCUGUAUCCGAUCUCAGCCAAACCAGCACACCCCCAUGCCAUCCUGCCACUCCGUUUUGGUCGUGACUCUGCGAACAUGCAGCGGACACCCAAGUCCACAAUCAACCUGCCGCAGAGGUUUGGCCGACGUGCUGACAAUCCAUCCGCCACUCUUCCUCAACGGUUUGGUCGGAGGAACCUUCUUUUUGGGGAUCCAAUUCUGAUACUCGAUUCACCAUCACCAAGAGACAGGACACAAUGACUAUGACUUCAUGACUGAAACAGUUCAAGAGGAAGACAAAGCUUUAAAGCUAGCAACAAACAUUUUUCAGUCCGUU